GGGUCACGUGUCAAAACGCACGCAUGCGCACUGAAGUUGCGCGCCUCGUGCGCGUCCGAGAGGAGGAAAGCGGCGCUUUGAGCCUUUAAGCGAGUUUUUCGGCACCAGUCCCGCGUCGGCAUGUGUUUGUGAUGGGUGUGAGCUGCAGGCGCCAUGGAGGAAGAGCUCAAAUGUCCCGCGUGCAAGCACUUCUACACCAACCCGGUGCUGCUGCCGUGCUCGCACUCGCUCUGCCUCAACUGCGCGCUGAGCGCCCAACAGCCGGCCAAUGCGCCGUCGACGGCUUCAACGACCACGACAACUUCGGCGGCCUCGACCCACGGGACUGCGUCGUCGACUUCGGAGGACAGCGGCAACAGUACGAACAGCAGCGGCGGUGCCCCGUCGGAACUGGGCACCGCCGCGGACUACCCGGACGGCGACAAGUUGAGCCUGCUCAGUGAAACAGACAGCGGCGUGGUGUGCACGAGCCGUCCCAAUUCGUACGUCGGCACGCCGAACCUCCAAGGGGUGGCUAUGUUCCCGCCGAUGCUUCUCCAAGGCGGAGUGGCCCUGCUGUCUCUCGCGUGCCCGGAGUGCCACAAGCUCGUCUACCUGGACGAGAACGGCGCGCACAAUCUUGCUCGCAACCGGGCCCUCCAAAACAUCGUGGAUAAGUACGGCGAGACGCGGCGACUGCCCGUGGCCUGUCAGCUUUGCGAGGCCGACCGUCCGCGCGAGGCGUCCGUCAUGUGCGAUCAGUGCGAGGUGUUCUACUGCGAUGAGUGCCGCGAAAAUUGUCAUCCGGCCCGUGGUCCGCUCGCCAAACAUACCCUGCUCGAGCCUCAGCAGGGCAAGAAGGCGCUCCGUGCCCGUGCGCUCGGUGGAAAUGCCGGCAGGGAUGCCAAGUGUUCGGAGCACGGCGACGAGGCCCUCAGCAUGUACUGCAUGGUGUGCAAGGCGGCGGCUUGCGUGCUCUGUCUGCAGGACGGACGGCACGCCAACCACGACGUCCAGCCGCUGGGCUCCAUGUGCAAGGCGCAAAAGACGGAGCUGUCCCAGAACCUGCAAGCCCUGUCCGAGAAAGCCAAGACCGCCACGGAGUUCAUCCAGGGUCUCAAGGGCAUGUCGGAGAGAGUGCACGAGAACUGCUCCGUGUUCGAGUCCCAGAUCUCGUCCCAGUGUGACCUCCUGGCCGAGGCCCUGGAGUGUCGUCGGCGGGAGUUGCUGGCCUUCGCGCGCCGGGAGCGGGACGCCAAGCUCAAGGCCCUCAAGGCGCAGCUCUCAAACUGCACCGUCACGCUGCAGCGAACCACGGCGCUGCUCCAAUUCUGCAUCGAAGCCCUCAAGGAGACCGACCACGCCGCCUUCCUCCAGAUCGGGUCUGCCCUGGUGAACCGGGUGGCCAACGUGGACGUGACGUGGCACAAGGACAUGGCGCCCACGCCUUGGGCCUCGCCGGACUUUGACCUGACGCUGGACCAGCGCUCGGUGCUAGACGCCGUCAACCAGCUCACCUUCACACAGCUCAAACCUCCCGGUGCCCCUCAGCUCAUUCCCGAGGACUCCACGGCGGAAAACAACUGCGUCACCGUGGCCUGGCAACCUCGGGUCGGUAGCUUCGUCCAGGGAUACGUGCUCGAGUUGGACGACGGCAACGCCGGACCCUUUAGGGAGGUGUACUGCGGCAAGGAGACGCUGUGCACGGUGGACGGCCUGCACUUCAACAGCGCGUACAGGGCCCGGGUCAAGGCCUACAACACCACGGGGGAGGGACCCUACAGUGACGUCAUCGUUCUCCACACGGCGGAAGUGGCCUGGUUCGCGCUGGACCCCGGCUCGUGUCAUCCGGACGUGGUGCUCUCCGACGAGAACGUGACCGCCCGCUGCGAGAGCUACGAGCACCGCGUCGUGCUCGGCUCCCUGGGGUUCUCGCGCGGGGUCCACUACUGGGAGGCCACAGUGGACCGCUGCGACAACGACGCCGACGUCGUGCUCGGGGUCGCCCGAGGAGACGUCGCCAAGGACGUCAUGCUGGGCAAAGACGACAAGGGCUGGAGCAUGUACAUCGACCACCAGCGGUCCUGGUUCCUGCACGCGGACCGCCACGAACACCGCGUGGAUGGCGGCGUCGAGCGCGGUGCCGUGCUGGGCGUCCUGCUCGACCUCGAGCGCCGCCAGCUCAGCUUCUACGUCAACGACGAGCGGCAGGGACCGUGUGUCGUUCUCGGACCCCCGAUCCAGGGCCCCGGCGCCGCGCUCUUCCCGGCCUUCAGCCUGAACCGCAACGUGCAGCUCACCGUGCACACGGCGCUAGACCCGCCGGCGUCGUCCAGUGACGACAGUGACGACGACGUCAACGAACCGGCACCAAAGACAAUGACGGCGGCGAACUCUCCGUCGGUCGAAAUAGACUUGCCUCUCCCUCCACCCAUGGUGUGAGGGAGACCUCGAAACUGUACUUUUUUAAGAUUAUUAUUAUUAUUAUUAUUUGGUGUCUGGUGUUUUCUGAGUGAUAGGUGAGGUGCCCGGUCAUCUGUGUCUUCACGUCUCUUGAUGUGGAGAUGGCGUGCGUCAUGACGCUACGAACUUCCUAAUUACUUCCGAGUGUUUUAGCGGGUCAAAACGAGUACUCCAUAGAGAAGAGCUAUCCCUGCUGCAAGAGUGCAAACUUACGUAUGCCCAGGCAAAGAGUUAAUAACCCCACUAUGAAUGUGACCUCUCAUUUCGAGGGCUCCAAUUUUACUGGUGAAGGUUGCAGAACCUGAACCACUCUUUCAUACAAGGGGCAUAUGAACGAGUCUUUGAGUAGACAUAGUGUUUAACAACCUGACAGACAGAAUAGCUUACGAAAUGCACCGAGAAGUUGGAAAAGACACUCUAAGAGUGGAAUGGUUAGCUCCUUGCCUGACUGUACCUCGCAGUCUCAAUAUCGCGAUGAGGUGGGCUCUCGUUUUGAAAUGAAACCUGUGGCCUGCCAUAUUUGUUCAAUUGAGCCCUGCACAUUCUCGCCAUCUUUACGGGCCACCAGUGUUUUGUUUUUGGUGUGUAAAUGACUCUGUGGUUUCAGUUUUACCCAUCUUUAAUAUAGAAUGUUUCUUUACUUGUCUGUCUUCUGGAGAACUGGGGGCAUGUACAGAUUUAAGCACCUAUGGCUUCGUGUGUUUGCCUUCUUGCUGGGUUCGAGAAGGUCACAACUAUACUCAUGUGACGUGCUUGAGGAAAUGAAGUAAGGACUAAAAAAACUUAACAACGUGACUGGUCGAAAAUUCAAGAGAAAUUCAGCCAGGGAAGUCUCAGAAUGUGCAAAUUCUUAAGGCUAGUUUACACAUUCACAUUUUAUUGUGGCCGAGUACAUUGUGACUGUUUGUAACCGGUUGCUUAUGGCGAGAGAAUGUAUAUCACGUUGCCCUCGAACUGCAUACACCUUGGCUAAAGAUUUUGCAUUGUCAUAACAUCGUCAUAAGUACAUAAAGCCCGUGGUGAACGAAUGACACAUAAAUAAAUUAUUAAAUAUGUGCAGAUCAGAACUUUUCCAGACUUUGCCAAUAGAUGGCGCCAGUCCGUGGCGUAAGCACCGGGGGCUCUCAAUGUAGUUCCAACGCAUUCGGUUGCACUCAAGCUAAAAUGUGUGAGCCAUCCUUUAGAAAGCACAGUGAAUGUGUGCAUCCCAUUGUGGCUAAUUGAAAUUUUAAAUAAAGCGCCGUUUUCACACAGCUGAGCCGAGAACAAGGUUUAAUUUUGGUUAAGAGUUUUUCAUUUUUUUUAUUUUAAUUGAGGACUUCAGCCUCUUCAUCUUAAUCGCCAAUUGUGUAGUCUUUCGUUCACUACUAUGUCGGCUAUUCCACCUGACAUAGUAAGAAAUCUUGUAACUGGCUAUUAAGGGAAACUAAAGUGGUUUUGUAUUUGGGAAAGCAAACACUUGGUUGUCGUGUAUUUGGCAUCCAGAAACCGAAAUGUCAUAAUGAUUUUGCUGCUUGAAGUGGGCAUUAGGCAGAAAAACGUUUUGGAAAGAGCUAAAACCACUUCUUUUCGGGUAGACCUCAUACCGCAGUGAAUUAACUUUGCAGUCUGCCACACUUUUUUUGCUGUUUUCUUUUGUGAACAUAUUCAGCAGAGACAACUUUUGGAUUUGAAGAUACUAGAUAAAAAUAUGUCAGCAUUCUUAACAACAGUUAUUUUCUUAUUCAAAAACGUAUGAAACUCGUCCUUAAAUUCUACAAUUGGUAUUGGCAUGAGGAAAGCUUUGUUUAGGAUGCUCAAAGAGUGUCAUUAUUAUUGCUUUUACAAGGGAGCAGACACAAGAACUAAAUCAUAAAUGCUCAAACAUUAGCCAACUUCAAGAAUGUUGCACAUGAGUGGUGGGGCAUCAACAAGAAUAUCCACUAUCAUACAUAUUUUUUAUGAACCAUACUUCUAUCUUGAAGCAUAGUGCAAUGUAUUAGUAUACUCUUCAAAAUAUGAGACCAAACAUAGAAACCUAACAGAUUAACAGAUUAGACUUGAAAUUAGUCCGAAGACCAGUGUAGAUUUUGCAAACUUGCGGAGAUCUUUUUGCAGACAUCGACUUAACAGAAAUGCCACAUAUCCCUGUCAUAUUUUUGCAAAACCAGGCUUGCUGCCUGUAUGUACAUUGUCUUGAUGCAUGUUUCACCUUCUUUAUGUUUUUGUCCUCUAAGGGAGUGCACAUGAAACUAAGCAGAAGGAGCAUUCUCAAGUUGAAUAUUUGAACACACUUUAUGCGUAUCAACAAAGAUCAUAAAAUAAUGUGUCCAGAAUAAUUGUUUGUAAUCUAUAAUGAAGAUUACUGUUUUUUUUGCGUGCUUUAUUUUGUGACAGUGACAGUGAACACCCACCUAGUAAUCUGCGCCAGCAUUCUUAGCUUCGCAGAGCUUUCACAAAGAAUGGCGGAAACCUCUCCAGACCGGAAACGUUCGAGAACCACAAUACACUAACAACGAGAUAUUUAAAAUGUGAAUUUUAAGAGACUAAAAAUCAUAUCAAGCCCCCCCCCCCCCCCCCCCCCCCACCCCCACCCCACCCCACCCCACUCAAGCCCUUCUGGUUUUGCAAUGUAAAAAAAAUCAAUCAACUACCAACUUGAGCCAAAGCUAGCAAGUUCGAGUGGCUAUAGCUAUCUUUUCAAGUUGCUCCCGGAGGGAUAUUGGGAACAAAGAAAGUAAUACACUGGAGCUCGGGAAACUAGUCAAAUGGGAGUGGUAGCAAAGGAAAGCUUUCAUAAGAGUCUGCGGUAUUCUUCCAAGGUAAGCUUGCAGCAAGCUCCAAACAUUGCUUUAAAAGCAGUUGCUGCUGUGCAAGGUUGAUCUCCCUCAUUACUGAAGUUCGUCAAGAGCUUCACCAUAUCACUUUGACAGGUCUUGUUGUAAAGACUACAGUGCUCUUGCAUUAAUCUCUUGCAGCUGUUUUAUGGUUUUACUCUUUUGGUUCUAGUGUUUUAUAUUGAAAGCAAUUAUUUAUGGCAGGUUUGAGUCUUGUUCCGAGUGACUGCAGCAUAAUAUAGUUCUUUGACCUGCCACAUGUUUUGCUGUUUUAGGUACAAUUUCAUGUGAACUGUAGGACAUCAAACUACUCAGCUGUUCCCUAUCUGUUGCUUCUAUUGUUCCACAUCCGACAACACCAACUAUUCAAAACUUCAUUCCUGCCAAACUGUAGAGCUCCAGGCUUGUACAAUUUUAUGAUAUGAACUGGCACACUACAUGAUCAAACUGGUUUACUUGUUCGAGAAAAUAAUGAUAAAAGCCCUUUGAGUAAGGGAAAGAAGGGUGCCAGGACACCAAGUCUUUUUUUUUUUUU